AAAAUCAACCGAGACCACAAGGAGAGCUCUAUUACAAUUUGGGCAUUUCCAGAAUACUAUGUUUUGUUAUCCCACUGCUAUUCAUAAUCAACCUUCCAAAAUCCUGUCCAACAUCGUCGUUUUCCUGUCUUCGAUUUUCUCUAUUGAUAUACCAUCAAACGAUGAGAGCUCUACGCGAGCUUGUUCAUCAUCACUGGAUUGCACCGCUCAGACAGGACAUGGUGGUCAUGAUUGGCAAGAAGAGGUCUUUCAAAAGAUCAAAUCCAUGAAGGAUAUGUACUUGGGUGAGUUAAACAACAUGCACCAGAAGAUCACUGCAAGGUUGAAGCAGCCUGAAUCUAUCCAAUGGUCAGAACAGCUUGACAAGUUGAAAAUAUUCAAGGCCAUGUUGGAACGUAUUAUAGCUUUUUUAUCGGUUUCCUCCAAAGAGAACAUUACCCCCUUUAACAAGGAAAAAUUGGGUUCUUAUGAGAAGCAAAUAGUGAAUUUUGUAACUUCAAAUGUGCAGCAGUCAGUGAACAUGCAUGAGUCUACGCAAACAAUGCAACACAACUUGUCAAAUGUGCAGCUUAAUUCUCUGACAUCUUUGUGUGGGGAUUCAUCCGCACAGCAGAGUAUGUUAAGCUCACUGCAGCCAGGUUCGAACAUGGAUUUGGGUCAGGGAAACGCUCUGAGUUGACCGCAGCAGGUUAUCACAGGGUCUUUGCAACAAAAUCCUGUUAGUGCGACAAGCAAACUGUUGAAGUAACUGAGACCAAGUCUUUCAAAUUUGUCAUGACAGUUAUGUGUUAGCAGUUAUCUUUAUGUAAUUUUGUGAUUCACGCUUCAUGGUGCAGUAGUUUAUUUUACAGUUAAUUAACUUCCUUAUGUUUCAGCAACUGACAUCUAUAAGUUGCUGUUUUCUUAGGAGUCUAAUGUAAGUCUGAUGUAUGUUUGAUGCUGUGUUUUUCUGAUCUGUCAGAAUACAGUUUAUGUAUUUCA